GAACGUCGCGGAUAGUUGUGUGCUUUAGAAUAUUUUUACAGUGAAAAACUUAAAGAAGUUUGAAUUUUUCCAAGGAAAGGCGGAAAAUUAAAAGAAAAUUAUUUCAUAAUUAAAAACAUAAAGAAUUCGUCAUAAAGGUCGAAUUGACAUUUUGAGGUGACACCAAGGGCUUCAGCAAUAAAAAAAAUUAACAUCAAGAAUAUAAAAGAUGAUGGUAGAUAUGGCAGAUGAUGAUCUCUUGCCAAGGAUGAGUUUACUCCUUUCGCCAAAACCUAUAGAAACAUCAGCUGAAAAUAGCUCAUGUGAUGAAGCAGUAAAAAAGCCGGUUCUGUACAGUGAGCAGCUGCUCCAACUAGUUUUAGCUCUUAGCUUAUUGCAAGUCGACCCAAUAAACUAUUUAGAGUGGGGAGUCUCACGAAUCCACAGAUCGGGCAUUGGACCAUGGCAACUGGAGGUCGCUCACACGCCUUUCUCAGAUUAUCCUUAUAUGAAUCGGAAGACUUAUGUUCCUCUCAUUGAAGAUAUCGCUCGAUAUGAUCGAGUGCAUCGAAGUCACGACGUACAAGCUUAUCUCUUGAACUUUGAUAACGCGCCUCCUUUUAUGGCUGCAAGUGGUGGAAGUGUCAACAAUAACAAUUCGACAUCCAAUUCCACAACACCGAAUGUAACUGAUAAUGUUGAUGAUUCAUCAACAGCUGCUGCUCUCAAUCUAGUCAACCUUAUUCAGGAUCGAUUUCAAGAGCAAGGCGGCAAUGUCGACGAUAUUUUCCUACAAUCAGAGCUUCUCUCGCACACCAACAGCGAAUCAUUGAUUGAUCAGAAUUUAGCAGAUCUAAGUGAUUAUGAUGAUCACCAGUUACCACAUUUUUUGGCUGUGCCUACGAAGAAUGAAGUGCCCGAUCCUUGGGAUGAAUUUGUUGGAUUACGUGAUGACGCAUCAGCGGAAGAUCGACGACUUGAUGUUAGAGAGUUGACCUUGAACGGAACCCGAUCACCCCCGACAUUCACCCGAACUGCUAUCAUCGAUUGGAACGACUAUCUUCCUUUCGUUAAUGACACAUCAGUGGAUGAACUCAAGAAAGAGAAAAAAGAAGAAGAAAAAGAUGCCGAAAUCGUUGUGAAGAAAGAAGAGACUGAUGACGCGAACGAGCACGAAAACAAUAAUGAAGUUACAUCAAACGUUGAACUAACAAUUGAGGAAAUGGACUUAAUUGAAGUGCUUUGGAAGCAAGAUGUAGAUUUGGGAUAUAAUCCUAUAAAGCCAACGCUUAAUCCGACUCAACAGAAGGAAACUACCUCUGAGGAUGAGAUUGAGAAGUUAAAGGCAUUACUUGAGUUGAAAGCGGACAAGAAAAGUGAUGAUGAUGAUAAAGACAAAGUCGAUUCUUUGGGUGAUCCAUGGGCUGGCUUAUCGUAUACAAUCGAUACAGAAACAGGUGAAUAUAUUCUUCAAUCGUCUGGGGACAGUGGCAGCAAUGAAUUGGAUAAUUUGUUGUUGGAAGAAGCUUUGCAAUUAGUUGACAUCAAUGACUUAAAUGAUAACAAAAAAGAUCAAGAAGAAAAUAAUUCAGAAGAAGCCGCAAAAGCAUUAAAAGAAGAUAACAACAGUGCGGAAACAUCAGACGAUCUUGAAGCAAUUCUUGAAAAUAAUUUGAAGCAAGAUGAUUUCGAUUUCGAUCUAAAUUCGCCAUUAUCAAUUCUUCUUGACGAAACAGACGAUUUAGAUUUGCUUACCGACAUGAUGAUCCAACCAUCUUCAACACAUUUUCAACAUCCACGUCAACCAAAUCAAAACUAUGCACAUUGUGUAAACAGUUAUCGACAGAAUGGCUAUCAGGGCCGCGUCCCAUUGGGUCGAACUGUUUCGAUGGAACAACGCUGGCAAGAUUUGGCAAACUUAUUAAGUUUUCCACCUGCAAUGGGAAUGGGAGUUGGUGAUAUGUCAUCGCAUGCUGCAGCAGCUGCAGCUCAUUAUUCUCCACAUUAUCCUUAUCAGACAAGUGGAGCAAUGUCUCAACACAGUCAGUUUGGACAUCACCACCAUCCACAUCCACACUCACACCCUGCAGUACUUCACAAUGCUUCACUUGCUGAAAUAGCAUCGCAACCAACUUCAUCCCACCAUUACAGCUCCAACUUGGGAUCUGCUGUUGCUUCAAGUAUGCACUUAACAAAUUCAACUUCCGAAACUGAUGCUGGUAACGCAGCUUACAAGAUGGAACACGACAUGAUCUAUUAUUCGCAAACAAACCCGUCGGAAAUGAACCAUACAAACGAUGGAUUUUUGAAUUCAAUUCUUAAUGAUGAAGAUUUACAGCUUAUGGAUAUGGCAGUAAACGAAGGCAUGUACACUAUGCGAAUGCUUGAUCAAAAUGGUACAAAUUCAUCGACACUUGGUCCAAAUCCGCAACUUAAUCAAGCAUUGCUUGGCAAUCACAUGCAGACAAAUUUAUCGUCUGGCAUUGGUUCAGUCGCAAGUUCAACUCAACAUGGAUCGGGUGAUCGAUUGGAUGCUUCAAGUGACAGUGCAGUCAGUUCAAUGGGAUCUGAGAGAGUUGCAUCUUUAUCAGAUGGCGAGUGGAAUGAAGCAGGAAGUGAUUCAGCCCAAGAGUAUCAUUCACGAAAAUUCAUCGGCCCAUAUGAUUAUCGGUUCAACAACAGUCGAAUGUUGGAUGCAAAUCGUCAACCGGUCGCUCAAAAGAAGCACCAAAUGUAUGGAAAGCGCUUUGUACAUGAAUCAAAUGUAUUGCCACCACCUUCAUUGCAUCCGCAUUCAAGCAUUGGCAGCGAUUUAUCGUCAGUUCCCAAUGUGCCAUUAAAGUACGAACCAUAUGAGCCAUACGCUGUUGCGUCCAAUAACUUGGAUGGUGCUGCGUCAUCAUCAUCAUCGGUCAUCAAACCGCCAGCAUCAUUGAUGGAUUCUGAAAUGAAAUAUUCCUACUCAAUUGACUUUCCUCAUAAUCGUCACUUGAAAAGCGGAAAUGGCAACGGUCUUGCAUCUCAUGAGUUAAUCAAUCACAAUCAUACGUAUACGAUGCCACAUCCAGGACCAUUGAAUGGUAAUGGAGCAACGCCAAGACCACAAACACGCGAUAAAAAGGCAAAGAAAAGUGAAGAAGAGCAUAUGACGCGCGAUGAAAAGCGCGCACGAGCCUUACACAUUCCGAUUUCAGUAAGUUUUCCCGUUCAAGACAUCAUCAAUCUACCAAUGGAUGAAUUCAAUGAACGUUUGUCUAAAUAUGAUUUAAGUGAAAAUCAAUUGUCGUUGAUUCGUGACAUCCGUCGUCGAGGAAAGAAUAAGGUUGCUGCACAAAAUUGUCGUAAACGCAAACUUGAUCAAAUUAUAUCGCUUGCUGAUGAAGUCAAAGACAUGAAAAUGCGUAAAGAAAGAUUCCUUCGUGAACGUGAUCUUGUUUUGAGUGAACGUCAACGUGUCAAAGCGAAAUUUGCUGCACUUUAUCAUCAUGUUUUCACAAAUUUACGUGACAAUGAAGGUAAUCCCUACAGAGCUGAACAAUAUAGUCUACAACAGUCAGCUGACGGAUCUGUGGUUCUUGUUCCACGAUCAUCUGUUCAAAAUUCAACAGAAAAUGCAUCUGCUAAUGGUUCAGGAUCGUCACGUAAUAAUGGACAUCACACAGGCCCGGGAUCAAACAGCAACGCAAAUAACUUCAAAUAAAGUCACUAAGAUCACAUUUCUUUUGGCAUUCUUUGUUUUCGGUUGCGCGACUUUUCUGUAAAUCGUGCAAUUUUAAAGAUAAAUCAAGAAUUUUUCUGAGUUUUUUUUUGAUCAUCAUAAAAACGUUUUGUGGAUAGGAAAAGAAAAAAAAGAAGUCAUGUACUCGUCUCAGGAAAUUUAUGCAAAAUUAUUGCUGUUUAAAUGUUGCUGUGCUGAGACACGUUCGUGAUGUUGGUCAUGUCACUCUUUGAUCACUUAUCAUCGAAGACAUUGUGACAUCGUGAGUGUGUCUCAGCAUUCACCACUGAGAAUGGAGAAACAAAUAUUCAAAUACUUUACUGUGGAAUAUUAAAAAACAAAAAAAAAAUAAGUAACUGUGUAAAUAUUGUCGUAAACUUUACAUCCUUUAGUUUGAAAUACUGGAUAAGAUAUUUUGAGGGAAAUAAGUUAAAGAAAAAAAAUGUUCUUUUUAUUUGAUAAAAUUCUGAGAUAUUUAAAUGAGUUAUUUAUAACAUUUAAUGUCGAGGUGAUAAAAGGGAAUGAAUUUCAAUGCCAGUUUUUCGAAUAUUGAUUAUUCAAGCUUAAAUAAAAAAAUAUUUCUGCUCGAAUAUUAAUAUUCAAUUAACACGCGAGAAUUUCUUGUUAAUGUAAUAAUUUUUUUCUAAGAUAUUUGUUAUGAAUUUUCAUUCUUAAAGCUUUCGUUUUCAAUUGCUUAUAAACCGUACUUUGUAAGUUGAGUUAAAAUAAACAUUGUAUAUAAAACCUUAGAGAUUAACUUCUUUCGCUUUAAUUUGUAUUCUAAUGAAAAGAAAAUAAAAGGAUUUGGCAUAGUUUUUUUUUCUAUACUCUGCAAUGAAUCAUAAUUGUAAACUCUUACUAAUUAUACCAGAAACAUCAACAAUAUAUUGGACUAAAGUGUAUUGAAAGUCGUGAAUAAUUUUUGAAAGUGAAUAAAGUUGAAAUUCAAAAAUAAACAA